AUGGCAGAUCAGCAUAUAUUGGAUAUGGAACCGGUGGGGACAACAGGAGCAAAUGUUGGUGCACUGGCGAGUACGGCAGCACCGUUAUCUGGUACUCCAUCAGGCUCUCUCGGUGGCAUGGUUGGGGGAGGGGAUGACCCAUUAAGCGGCAUUGACGCACCUGAUACACCGGGCGAUCAGCUAAAAGAUAUUUUGGAUAAUGAAGACUUUGAUGAACUCUUGAAAGAUAAAAAACCUCGUGAUGUCAUUGAGGAUCUCAAGGACAAAAUAGCUAAACUUAAAAAGAAAUUCAAAGGCAAAGGAAAACGUGGAAAAGGCAAAAACAAGAAAAAAGGGUUACCUUUUGCUAAUAAAGGUACGGGGAAGACGGGGCGUGGGACGCCAAAGCGACGCCCUAAACCUUCACCUUUAACCGUAGUUGCUUUGAUGACUUCCAUGGUUGGUCUUGGCGCUGUUGUCGGCAUGACUGGAGUGGUAUAUGCACCGGAGACGGAUUUAACAAAUUCAACAGGACUACAGACAACUUGGAUGCCUCCUAGAACGACAGAAAACGUUACACCCUUAAACGUCAUCACAAUACACGAGCAAUCAACAAUAAAAGGAAGUGGCACUACUGGAUCAUUUGGUACAACUACAGAAGGCGAUGUUAUAACGGGAGGAGGAAUAAGAUGGAGAUCAGACAAGCGAUGUGGGCCAGGGUUCCUCUUACCAUGGGGUGCUCCAGCUGAAUGCGAUCCGAAUAGCAUUGAUUUCUGUUGCUCUGGAUCAGGCCGCUGCGGUCACCGAUAUAUACAGUGCUUUUGUUCAACUUGCAUAGAUUAUAGAGGUUAG